UAUUUUAGUCUAUUGUUUAACAAUAGAAUAAACUAGUUAUGCAAAUUAGUAAGGUAUAUAAUAGAUAGAAAACGGGUUUUUAAGUUUAUCGAAGGCUGGGCGGUGACCACUCGACUUGCAGACAAAUUUUCAAGAUGUCCGAUUCAGAGCUAGACCUCGACGAUAGAGAAUUAACCAAGUCUCCUGACAAGUCAAUUGAAGCUUUACGUUCUGCUGCUGAACCAACAAAGAGAAAAGGUAAUUCAGAGCAAGAUAGGGCACCUGAAGUUUCAAACGCAGAUUUGUUUUCUUUGAUGACAACUUAUUUCAAUAAUAAACUUUCCGGUAUAGAGAAGAAUUUCUCCGAUACUACAGAGACGUUAGUAAAGAGAGCAAAGAAGGCAGAGAAUACCUUUAAAUUUAAGGGGAAUCAGUUACAAUUUGAGCUUAACUCUGACAUUCAAGACAGUAUAAGCACGGCAAUAGGCUACAUUGAGAAGAAUCGACCUAAAAAGGCAGUUAGGGUUUUAGAAGAUUCGUCUGUCCAGCUCAAGAAGAGAAAUAAAUUAAUUAGAAUCGCGGAUAAGUCCGAGGGUGGUUGGAGAACGGUGAAUGAAUACCUUUCAGAUGAAGUGGCCAGUGACUCGGAAGACGAGAAAAGAAUACGCGCCGCAGAUAACAGGGCAGUUAAAAAGAUCAAAGCAGAGAAAACAGAUAAACGCAGCAGUAGAAAGCGUCCGGCAGAAGCAUCUGGUUCAACAGCUCAAAUGGCACAUAAUGGUACAGGUGGUUCUGAUGCUACAUUUCGCCUGCAGCCCUUUCGAGGGGGCUUGGCCGCCAGCGGCCAAAGUUUCGGCAACCAAAAUAGCUUCAAGACCUCAGACGUCUGUUAUAACUGUGGCAUGCAAGGGCACUGGGCAAGAGACUGCAGGAAGGGAAAGGCAAGGACAGGACCUUCCAGAGGAUCUUCUUCUUAAAGAUCAUAACAGUGACAUUUUCAAGAAUUGUUUUUACUAUAUGAAUAUUGAUGUAAUAUGUGUGUGUUGGAAGUCACUGGACGUUAUACUCUUUGGUCACUGGACUAAAUCUUUUAGUAAUACUGUAUGGUCACUGGACCUGAUUGAUAUGCUUUGAUUCAGGUAAAUAUGUUAUGUAAUAGAAUUUUUAUCUUUUUACAAAAAGAUUGUAAUUACUGUAUAUCUAUUUUUAGAACAUUUUUUCGACUGGAUUCUGGUCACAGUUAAGUUUGGUUAAGCACACAGAACUCAGAUUACUUUACUCAAAUCUAAAUGCAACUGUCUUAGAUUCGAGGGCCAAGACAACUGUUACAAAAUAUAUUGGAGGUUUCAAACGUUUUCUAAAGUGGACACAAAAAUACAAAGAGAUAACUUCAGUACUUCCGUGUAAUAAACUUUAUGUGGGUUUAUACUUGCAACAUUUGAUAGAGUCAUCCGAAGGUUUUAGUUCAGUAGAUACAGCAUUUUAUAGCAUAAA